UGCGUGUUACGUUUGCGUGCGUGAUGAACGGACGUGUCGCUAUCAUCAGACGAUCGACCGCCAGGAUUUUUUUCGCUUUGCAUUGUGGGUAAGCAAGAAGAAAGAGUGCGGUGCGCCAUUGCUCUUUCCGUCGAACGGUGCGCGGAAACCGGCAUGUGUCGAACCGACGCCGACUUUGCCAAUUUUUUCUCUCAUUUGUGAAAUUGGGCCUCCACAUAGACCAUCAGGAUUCUCCUAGUAACCCUUGGAAGCAUUGUGGUGUGUUCUUGGAGAUUUACAGAUUGUUUGACCCCUGCACUUGCAACCAUCACCAUGACCGACAUGGGUGUUCAUGACACCCAAGCCGACAUCGCUAAGGGCCAGGAGGGACCGGACACCCAAGCCAAACAGCCGGACGUCACGGUCCUUCACCCACCCAUGAACCCCGCCCGGCAUGGCAUCCAACAGAUCGUGGACUGCUUCCGAUUCGGCACUCCCUUUCUGAAGCAGCUGAUCCUACAAGAAGCAGAUGUGAUAUACGAGUGUCGCGUCUGCCGCAGCUUGUUCCGUGGCCUGUUGAACUUUGUCGAGCACAAGAAGUGCUUCUGUGUUGAGCGUGUCAGUUCAGACAUUAAUCUUGUGGGGAAACGGCAGAACACCGAUGCAAGAGAAUAUGGGAUUUCCAACGAAGAAGCAGCUAGCAUCUUAUCUUGGGGUGCACCUGCAGCGAAAAAAGACAUCCGGAAAAAAGCUGAGAGUGCAUCAUCUAAAGGUGAGACCUCCAAGGUGUCCAGCGCGGAAGAUGUAUACGAUGAUGACGAAAAUGACAAAUUUGUUAUGCUUCGUCCGAUCCCAACUACCUCAAAAGCUGUCGAACAGCAAGUAGUCAGGCCUGAACAAAUCCUUCAUGAGGAGCAAAUCAAUAGACUUAGUGCUUUCAAGUCUCUGAGAGAUCAAGGCGAAGACACUUCAAAAAUUGUCGGCGAGAUAACCAUUCGCCAAGCGGCCAAAGCAGGGAGAGUCGCAGUUCCAACGUCUGUGGAUAAACGAGAAACUCUCCACACUUUACUCAAGACAGUGAACUCAACUUUUUACGUUGAGAAAGGUUCAUCCCCUCCGUCAGACAUGAGUGGGAAGAAAGACACAUUGAGAGUGGAUGUGGACACCCCCAAGUCUGCCAUCAGCCCGACAGCCUCUCGAACAAGUGUUUCCCCACGUGUUCCUCAAUCAGACAAGAAGGCUAGUAGUGUCUCCCCAAGACAGAAGAAGGCUGCGACAACGCCUCGUCCAUCUGCACAGCAGCUAUCUUCUAGAAACAUAUGCAAAGUCUGUAAGAAGAAGUGCAAGAACUGGACGGCUCUUGCAUGGCAUAUGAGGAUCCACAAAAAGCCUUUGUUCAAGUGCCCUCUGUGCCAGUACCGCAGUCCAUCAGUUUACAAUGUUCGCCGUCACAUCCAGGCGUUGCACAACUUGUCCACGGAUCGUGUGGAUGAGCUCCUGAGUCGCAAGAUCGAAGAGAAGGGAUCGGAAGUCAGUGCUGAAAGCAAGAGUGCACAGAACAAUAACGACAGUAGCUCCCCGCCGGCUUGCGACAUCUGCUUCAAGACAUUUGCAAACCGACGGAAUGUAGCUCGUCACAAGGUGAUCCAUGAGCGGGAGAAGUUGCAGGCAGAGGGGAAGUACACGCCAGCAUCUAACGCCACCCAGGAGGAAAUCGCACGAGGGAAGGUGAUGCAGACCAUGGAUGAGAAGAACAUGCGUUGUCGUCGAUGCCACAAGCAGCUUUCAACUGUCCGCCGAUUGCAGCAGCACUGCUGCAACCACUUUGGCUACAAUCGCUACCGAUGCCGCAUGUGUCCUUACGAGAAUAACGACUAUACGCAAAUGCGCCGUCACAUGAUGGGCAAACAUGGCCGGCAGUUCCGUACCAUCCAGCAAAUCUCGGAGGCCAUCAAGUCCAUGAAGGUUGGAGUCUGGAUCAAUCUGACUCAGAAUCAAAACUCGGAGGACGCUGACGCUAAAAAGGCAAGCACCUCAACGAGCAAAGCAUCAAAAUCGGAAGACAAGAAUCCGAAACAAGGAGCUUCAACAAGCAAAGCUGGAAGCUCUACCCCCAAACAGGGCACUACGGCAACAAAGCAGACUCCUUCAACUGCAAAAGUAACUAGCUCUGCAGUGGAAAAAGUCAGUAACAAAGGAAUAGAGGAUGGGAAAGCCAGCGUAUCCUCAUCGCCAGUGAAAGUGAAGACAGAGUCUGAACCCAAGAAGGUCGCAGAGAGCCCUUCAAAGGAUGUACCUUCCUCUUCGUCAGCCAGCUCCCCAGGAACCUCCAGGAGAUCUUUAGUGGAUACUGUCGCAGCAGGGAAGGAGCGAGAGACACCCAUGCGCCAGGCAAGACUUAAUCAUCGUAGCGUGUCCCCAAAGGGACCCCAGGAGAAGGAAGAGGAAGAAGACAAAGCCCUGCUUCAGAUGAUGAUGGACAAGAAGAACAUGAAGUGUCUCAAGUGUAAGAAGCGCUUUCAGUACCACAGCUCCUUGCUGCGACACACCCGCAUCCACCUCUUGGAGGAAUCCUCCUCAUCGGAGCAGGGAGGAACCAAGAAGAACCGCGAGUCUGCCUCCAAGAAAGCCCAGGCCAUCAAGAGCCUGAUCAACCCGAGUCAGCUGCGAUGCCUCAAGUGUCGCAAACGCUUCACCAGCAUGAGCACCCUCAAGCAGCACGUCGGCCGCCAUCUCGGAUACAACACCUUCAAGUGUCGCUACUGCGGAUACUUGUCGCAUAACUACUCGUGGUUCAAGAACCACCUGAUCAUCAAGCAUUCUAAUCAUGUUGACAAUGCUAGUGAUCUGGGUCAGCUUAUAGGCAGCAUGAAGACCAAAUGAAUUUACUGAGUUUUUUUCCAAGCAAAUAUUUUUUUCUCUGGCAGUGCUUGGUUAUUUUCAAAUUCAUAAUUUUGGUCCAACAAAAAAACAAUCAUCAAGCUUGUCAGUGUAAAGAAGCAAAGUGUAAAAAGGGUGGAAUUUGGUUUUCUGUCACAAAAUAUAUUAUUGUACAUAAAAAGAGUUACUGUCAGAUUCACUUCA